AUGGACAAAGAGGAAGAAGAAGACCCUGUUACUGUUCCUAAUGCUCCAGUAACAGCACGGGUAGGUGAAUCUGUCAUUCUUCCUUGUCAUCUGUCGGCUGAAAUCAGUGCUGUUGACAAGGAGGUCAGAUGGUACAGAGUCAGAAAUAACGAAUUCCCCAUUGUACUGAACUAUGCAACCAAGAAAAGCAUACCGGAGAUGCAAAAUGAAGAAUACAGUGAUCGAGUUAGUUUUUUCAUCCAAGAGAUUGAAGGCAAUGCAUCUUUGCAAAUGAAGAAUACUGCAUUUUCUGAUAAAGGAGAGUAUAAAUGCUGCGUCAUAUCAGAUAGCCUCCAUUGUAAAAUUGUAAAGCUUCUUGUACCAGUGGGUCUGAAUAUACCUGAAAAUGUUAAUGCCAUCUUGGGUACAAGUAUUAUACUCCCUUGCUAUCUUGACCCUAAGGUGAGUGCUGAAGAUUUGGAGCUGAGAUGGCAAAAAGAUGGACUUGCUACUUCAGUGCUUCUUUAUAAGAACAAAAAAGUGGUGACAGAGGAGCAACAUGAGGACUACAGGGAAAGAGUCAGACUGUAUACAGAUUUAAGAAAAGGAGAUUUGAGUCUGGUAAUUGAAGAUGUCAGAAUUGCAGAUGAAGGCAAAUACACCUGUUCUGUAAAGGCAGUUACCCAAGAAAAUGAAGGAAGUGUAUACCUUAGUGUUAGUGAUCUCUUUCGUGCUGAUUCAACAUGGGAGUUUGUCCAGUUGCUCUUGGAUCCCAGUCCUGUUGGUUACCAGUGCGCCUAUGACUACUAG